CGAAAAAGAAAAGGAGAUCAUCAAGAUCGACCCAGAACUCGCUGCUGCAUUUACCAUGAUUAUAAUGUCUCGGUGGAGAUCAUGAUCACUGCAAGCUGGUGUACGUAUCGUAUAGCUAGCUUCGUUUGUGGAUGAAAUAUAUACUCAGUACUAAUAUUCCACUUCUCCUACUUAAUUUUCUUCCCACCUUGCAAUUUGAGCAUGCAUGCAAAUAAAUAGCUAGUCUUUUAAAUUGGCAUAUAUUUAGUGGUCGCUGUUCUAGAUCUGGUGUUUUGAAGGGUAUUCUAUGCAUGCAUGCAGAUAAUCGACAUUAAUUUUACAAAAGCAUAGAAUCUGCAGUAGGCCGAUUAUAAUGUGCUAAAAUUAUAAUAUAAUAAGCCAAAGGGCAAAAAGUGACUACUCCAUGAUCGAUCACUACUGCCACAGAUCAGCUCUUCUCGGCCAUGUAUUUUACCAGCAAAUUCAACGAAGGCUCUCGAUCUAUAUAUAUACACAAAUAUAUAUAGCUCAUCAGCUUCGGAAUCCUUCAAUAUGUACAUAGUUAUAUAUUGCAUUCCGGCCCGGAAAUAGUACUGCACAACAAAUGGAAAGAACAGCCACAUGCAGUAGGUGCCAUAAACAGUAUUUAUUGCCCAAGCACUCAGAAAGUAGUAUUCGUUGCAGAGAAUGCACUAAAGCCGUUACAAGAAUAAGCACAUCGUCAAGUGGAUGCAGCCACCUAGGAUGGCAUUUCAUACAGUCAGUACUAUACUCGAAGCCUGAUCUUCGGACAUCUAGAAAUGUUAGUAAAGAGUUACAGAAGAAUAAGCAAAAAUCAAGCAGCAGUAGUAGUGGUACAAGUACUGCAGCCAGCCAAAUUUAUUCUUCUUCGCUUGAUAUUAAGCCAGCUCCUUCAGUUUCUUCUGCAGAGGCACCCCGCGGAAGGCCGAAGCGAGCACUUCUUUGUGGGGUUACUCACCGUAAUAAGACAUACAGCCUCAGCGGAACUAUUAAUGAUGUGAGAAACAUGAAAAAUUUGUUGAUUCAACACUUUGGUUAUCCUCGGGAGUGUAUUCGCAUCCUCACAGAAGAAGAUGAAGGAAGUGAUUUUACUCCAACUAAGAAGAAUAUAAAAGACUCCUUAAAAUGGCUUGUGGAGGGUUCAGAGUCUGGAGAUUUACUGGUGUUCUACUACUCCGGACAUGGCUUACAACAACCUGAUGAUGUCACAAACGAAGAGCUCGAUGGGUUUGAUGAAACAAUCUGUCCGGUUGACUUUAUGCAAGAGGGGAUGAUCCUUGAUGACGAGAUACAUUCCACCAUAGUUCGGCCGCUCAAGGAGGGCGUCACACUUCAUGCAAUUGUCGAUGCUUGUCAUAGUGGAACCAUUCUUGAUCUAGACUACACAUACGACCUACAGAGGAAGGACUGGAAAAGCAACAGACCUCCAUCAAAAUUAGCAGACAAUAGUACAAGCGGUACUAGUACUGGAUUGGCAAUUUGUCUCAGUGCUUGUGGAGAUGAUCAGAUGACUUCCGAUACCGAUGCUUUCUCGAAAAAGGAAAUGAAUGGUGCAAUGACCUCUAUUUUGAUCCAAAUGGUUGGGAAGGAUUCUGAAAUAACAUACGAAGUUCUACUCAACAAAAUGCACGACUUUAUUCAACAAGUUAACAAUAAAAGCAUGAUCCUCAAUUCGAGGUUCUUACAGAGGAUUUUUCAUCGCACAAAAUUAGAGGAUCCUCUGCUAUCAUCGUCUCAGAAAUUCGAGGUUUCCACAAAGAAGUUUUUGCAGUAGAUCAUACGUUAUGCAUGGGAGUUUGCCGUCGACAUUGCAACGAUCGUCAAAUUAAACACAGGUUGGAAUAACUGUGCCUUUUUGCAAAAGGCCAGUUUUUGUGUGCAGAAUGAGGAAUAUAUAUAAUAAAUAAUCAAAAUAAGCCGUUUAUAAUUAAUUACUACUGCUUGGUGUGGAAUACUUCCUGCAUGGCCUGCAGUCUAUAUAUGUAUAAUUUGUUAUGGUUCUUCAAUAAAUCUUAAAUAUGCAAUAUUUCGUUGUAACAAAUACGAUCCUAAUUAAUGACUCGUUAU